AUGGUUCACCUCGUCUCGGCCGCCGCCGUCUUGGCACUGUCUGGCCUGACCUUAUCUCCGGCAACGGCCCUCGUCUCGGCCGAACCCAUUUCGGCGCCGCGACUGCCUGACCAUCAACCACCGCCGCCGUCGUCGUCGUCGUCAGUGGACUUUGCGCCGAGCGCGCAUAAGGCGCGGGAGAAUGCGGUGCAUAUAUUCAACGCCGUGCACUCUGCCAUGCGGCAAUGGGGCUCCUCGCUGCACCACAACGGACUGGGUCUCAUCCCGGCUACGGUGCCCAAGGGUACGCUGAUGUACCACGGGAGUACGUCGAACAGCACCCCCGACGGGUUCGAGUGGCUUGCGUUCGAGAUGGAGCACUCUGAGGGGUUUGCGAGGAGUUCCAAGAAUGGACGGGGGACGUCGCCUCCGAGGCCGCCUCGGAAGGGAAAGGGUCCUGGGAAGGUGCCGCCUGGUGAAGGAGGGGGAGGGCCGCCUAGGGGUCCGCAUGGUUCGGAGCCUAUUAUUCGGGUGGGAGGGGAGGGCAGUCAACACCCGAUCGGGGCGGACGACAACGACGACGACGACGACGACGACGACGACAAGAAGCCUAAUCCGAGGAGACCUGGUGGGCCGGGUGACGGUAGGCCCGUCCGGGGGUACUUCCACACCUACCGCGCGAAGCGGGACCUGAAACUGCUGUACAUUGACGGCAUGGCGGCCGGCAAGACGGGGAUGGGGACGCUCGACACGCAGGAUUUCCUACUGAGGGGCCUGCGCGAAGCGCCCGGGUACGGGGAGUGGGACCGCGCUGAGGACGUGUGCGACCUUGUUCAGGGUUGGGGCCUCGACGGCGUCAUCCGGAUGGAGAUUGGGUUCGAGGCGAUUUAUUGCGAUUUUCACAAUGGCGGGCUGGAUCUCGUGAGCGUGUUGAGGAGGCCGUGGAGCGACGUGCCCGAGGGCGCGGGCGGGAUCGACAUGUUUGAGUGGGCGAGGGCUGUUGGGCAGAGGUAUGAUGGGAUCGGAGGGGGUAGGGUGAAGUUGGGGUUCGGGGGCAUGGUGAGCGGGUUUUGGUAUCCUUUGAAUGUGAGCAACCCUGACGGGCGGGUUGCUAUGCCGCGUCUGGGACCGUUGACGGAGGAGGAGAGGGGGGUUGUGCUCGGGCGAGUUGGGGAGAUUGUCAGAGGUGCGGGUUGGGGUGAUGGGAGGUUUGAUUGGCAGGGCGUGGUUGAUAUGAUUGUCACGAGGUAUGGGGAUCGGAUCGAGACGUUGGCGGAUGAGGGUGCUGAUGGUCGGGAUGAGGGGUUUGUGAGCCAAGUUUUGACUGUUACGAAUACGUUUGUGGAUUAUCCGAGGGACGCGUCUGACUCUGCUGUAAAGCGGGCGGAUGCUGUGCGAGAGGAGGAGGAGGAGGAAAAGUACGUGAGGGAGGCGAGGGAGCGGUGUGUCGGGCACUAUUUGACGCCGGCGACGGUGUGGAGGGAGGAGUGGACGCCAGAGGACGGCAUGGUGUUUUUUGCCGUCGAGGCUGUUGUUCAGAGGCUCUGCGGGGAUCUCUUUGACGUCCGGGGUCUGGUCCUGCGGGCGAUGCCGGCGUUGGCGGGGGCGUUUUCCGAGGCGGAGAUUCGGCGCGUCGUCAAUGACGGAGACGAGGACGACGAGAAGCUCGAGAAUGCGGUCAAGGGCGGCCGCAAGAUUAUCCAGACUCUCAAGGAGGACCUCGGAUGGAGCUCGUGGAAAAAGUGCAAGCCCGGCUGCGACGUGGGGGAGAUGUGCUUCAUUGCCAUGUGGCCUUUUGGGCUGAAGGAGGAUCACUUCCACCCGAGUUGUCAGAAUCGGAGUUCGUUGGUGAAUAGAGGGGGUAGAGGGAGUGACAAUGGGUACUGGGAGUUUGAGCCUAGGCCUUGA